AAGAAGAUCCGCGAUGUGCAACGCCUGCUCGCCAAGGAAGAUCUCCCGGCUGAUGUUCGAAUUGAGCAAGAGCGCAAGCUGGCCUCGCUGCAACAUGAGAAGCAAGUGACAGCGCGGCAGCAACAAGAAGACAAGAUGCAGCAAAAGUACAAGAUGGUCAAGUUCUUUGAGGAGCGCAAAGCAGUGCGACGCCUUAAACAAGCAAAGAAGAAGCUCAAGGCUGCUUUGAACAAUACACAGCUGUCGCCUGAUGAGCAAGAAGCUGAACGUGUACGGUGGAGCGAAGAGGUUCGAAAAGUGACGGUGGACUUGAGCUAUAUUGAAAACUACCCAGCGACGGAGAAGUACAUUUCACUGUACAAGGAGGAAGCCUCUGGCACUGAUACAGGCGAGCGACGCGCCGAGUUGUGGAAGCUGGCCGAGCAGGGAUUG